UGUAGAGUGUACCUAAUCGUGACCCCUGACCCCUGUGUAGAGUGUACAACGUGAAGAGUGGCAAGAUGAAGAAGUGUUUCAAAGGUUCUACAAGUGACGACGGAACACUGCUGAAGGUUCAGAUGGACCCCGCUGGGAUCUACCUAGCAACAAGCUGCUCUGAUAAGAGCAUCUGUAUCUUUGACUAUGAGUCAGGAGAGUGUGUGGCCACCUUGUUCGGUCACUCAGAGAUUGUGACUGGGAUGAGGUUCAGCCAGGACUGCAGACACCUCAUUACCAUAUCUGGAGACAGCUGUGUGUUCCUGUGGAGGCUGGACUCCCAGAUGACUAACUCUAUGAGGAAGAGACUGGCUGAGAGGAAACGGACAGCUGGAGUGACGACUACCGCCAAUGCACCGACCAAGGAGCAUCUUAUCCGGAGAGAGACCUUCAUCAGUGUGCCAUUGGGCCACCUCCCCCAGACAGGAGAGGAAGAGGAGGAAGAUGAUCCCAGGACUCCUGCUAGAUGUGACAUCACUCAUGACUUCCUUGCUCUUGACCCCAUGGUUCCACAGACCAACGGCAAACUGCCCAUGUGGGCCAGGAAACUGGGUCCUGCAGCAGGCACCACUGUUCUCCCUGCCGAGCUCCAGCCAGCACACCUCCAGCCGCGCGGGCGUUGGGCAGAGCAUCUCAACCCCCUGGCCAUCCGCUCUGUCCUGGAGACACACAGCCUGCAGCGCCCUCUCUCCCCCACCCCCCGCAGAGCAGAGGGACCAGGAGAGGAGGAGGAGGAGGAGGAAGAUGAGGAGGAAGAUUCAUACUUCCACCCUCAGAGCCUGGACAGCCUGCUUGGAGAGGAGGAGGAAGAGGAAGAUGUGGCAGUGGUGGAGGAGGAGGAAGAUGUGGUGGAGGAGGAGGAAGAUGUGGUGGAGGAGGAGGAAGAUGUGGUGGAGGAGGAGGAAGAUGUGGUGGAGGAUGACGACAACGAAGAUCAGGGUUCUGGGUGUCUUCAGAGGCCUGGGUUUCUGGCCCUACCGGACAGUGACAACAUGUUUGGUCCAGGCCUCAGUAGCUACGUUCUUUACCCGGCUAACAGCACCACGCUGUCCACUGGAGGAGGAGAGGGUGAGUUUGGCCAGCGGCAGCAGGGCUGGGGAGGAGAGGACGAGCUGAGUCCAGACAGCGCCUGUUGUGUUGGUUCUGCAGAGAGCCAGGACCAACCCCAGGAUGAUACUGACUCCCUGAGCCAGGUGAGUUCUACAGGUAGUUCUGGAGUGGAGGAAGAGGAGGAAGAUCCACAGACACUCCUUAGACAACACUUUGACACCAUGGCCAACCACCUGAGCAACGAGGAGAGGUUUGAGACUGACCUGUCCAGUCUGCAGUCUCCACCCAUAGAGACGGAGAGCCUCUUCCUCAACCCCCGAUUCAGCAUCUCUACACGUUUCCUGUCUCGUUUCCAGAGCCGACUCCGUGGUCCUGGUUCUGCCCUGCGUCCUGCUCCUCUCCCGCCCAGCAUCACCGAGGAGCCCAGCAGCCACUCCUCUCCUGACCCGACCCCCAGCCUCAACACUACUCAGGCCAACUCCAAGCAGUUUGUCGUGAGCAGUACUACAGAAUCUGUUCAAGAGGAGAGCCAGACCCCUGUGAGGGGUGCAGAGUGUCAUCCAACGUCUUUAAAGAGGCGCUCCUCUUCGGUCCAGCAGACUCCCAAACCCCGCCAUCCCCUACGCAGCCGCAAAACCAUAGCUGUUCUACACUGGAGAGACACUCUGGGAGAUGUGUCCGAUAAAACCCUGAGGUCUCAGUCUAGUAGUCCGUCAUCAUCAUCCGGCUCCACCCUCAAACCCUCCCAGCCCGGCCUGGACAAGGAGCCCCUGCCCCGGCUGCCUCGCCAGCGUUACAUGGGCACCACCACCAGCUCCAGAGCCAAGAGGUCCCAGGGUGAGGGCCUGAACAUCUCCCGACUGAGGAGCACCCUGCUGGGGGAAGAUCAUGGAGGCGAGCGCCUCAUCCCUCCAGGACCUCCAGUACGUUACAGACCCGGAGUGCAAGGAGAAUCUCCCGCCCCCUGUAGUCCCGCCCCCUGUAGUCCCGCCCCCUGUAGUCCAGCCCCCUGUAUCCCACACCACCACCCCUUCCUCAGUGGAGCCUCCUUCUCCUGCGGGGAACCACAGAGCCAGAGCAGCUCUCCACCUGGACCUGGCUGUGUCCUCUGACCCCCCCCACCCUAACCUUCCCUCUGGCCUCCCACAAGUCCCAGAGGAGGUUUGGAGACUCGACCCGUCCGACCCGCCACGCCUUGGUCACCCCAACUGAGAUGCGUUCUCUUGGGAAGGAGGCGAAGAGGUGCCUCCGUAACAUGGAGGACAGCUUGGUGCCACGGGGAGGAUUACCAGGGCUCCGCAGCAGCCCGGCCCCCACCUUGUCUCCGGCCCCCAUCUCGUCUCCGGCCUCGG